AUGGGGACGUGGAUGCCCAUAUACAUCCACCCGUAUGAUAGCAACUACGAUGCCCUGAUCGCAUCCCUGGGCACCAAUACGUGCGCAGACGCGUGGCAGGCGACUGUGCUCACAGGGCCGCGCUCCGGCCCCCCAAACGCGACCGACCCCGUCGAAGACAAGCUCUUCCGCGACCGCUUUGCCGCCGUUGCUGCGACCGGCAAGACGAAGCUCUUUGGCUACGUCUACACCUCCUACGGCGGCCGGGCCCUGGCCAGCGUGCUGGCUGACGUUGACAUGUGGUUGAGGCCCGGCACAAUGGGAUACGGCGACCAGUUUGCCGGCGUUUGGGUGGACGGCGUCCCAAGCAACCCAGACGCGACGGCCAAGACAUACUACAAGUCUGUGGCCGACAAGAUAAAGGGCUACGCAGGCAAGCUGGUGGCGUUCAACCCCGGCUUCAACGUGACAGACUGCGCCUGGUUCAACUCCAUCGGCGUCGACGUCCUCAACAACUUUGAAAACUCGUACAGCAUCUGGCAGCUGCCGCCCCCGACCGGCUACACUGCGAACUGCCCGUGCGCCGGCCUGGCUGUGCGCUGUGUGGCGUCCAUCCACGGGUACCCCUCAAACGCAACCGCCGCCAGCAUCCAGGCCACCGUACAGACGAUGUACGACCGCAAUUACCGCGGCCUCUUCAUAACUGACAAGACGCUGCCGGCGCCUUACUCAUCCAUGCCCACCAUCUGGCCGUCCGUCCUCGACGCCGAGUGCGCUGUCAUCGCCCCCUCGCCGGCCCCAGCCCCGGCCCCGGCUCCCGCUCCUGCCCCUGCGCCGGCCCCAGCCCCUGCGCCCGUGCCGCCGCCGGCGGUGGUCCUGCCGACUGGUCCCUGGAAGCCGACGAGGGACCUGCGCUACCAGUAUCAGAUGACGUCAUUCGACGCUGACCGCGACUACAUUUCAGGCGUCCAGCCGCAGGUGUAUGUGCUGCCCCUUUUCACGGUGAGCAAUACAACCAUCAACACCCUCCGGUACAAGGGCACCACCCUGAAGCCGGUCUACGCCAUCUGCUAUUUCAAUGCGGACACCCUUUCUGGCACUGAGCCCGACGCUAGCCAAUUUUUGGCGUCGGACAAGAGCGGGUCAAGCCUCAUCACGACCUCAUCAAACGUGCGGUACCUGAUGCAGAAGCGCAUCCAGCUGUGCAAGGACAAGGGCUUUUCCGGGAUGGAGCCCUACGUAACUCCUUCCAGCACGGCCAAUGCAUACUAUCAGUGGCUUUCCACCACGGCGCGCGGCAUGGGGCUGGCUGUCGGGCUGUCCAACAACAUCGGCGUGAUCAGCGCCCUGUGGACAUACUUUGACUUCUUCACUACCCAGUGA